UCCCAAUACUCCAUACUCCGCAGUUCACACACCUCAUAGGCCGAGUCUCCCAGACUCCUACCACAGGGGUUUCAACUUUCGAGCCUUGAGUUCAAAGUUCAAACACCUUAACUUCAGCUGUAGGUCGGUCUGUCGUUCUCACGCGUACACGCGUCACCCGCUACUCCAAAACUCCCACCUGCCCGUCUGAACUCUUAACUCACGUCACGUGAGUUAGUGACCGUCUCUCUCUCUCUCUCUCAGUCUUUGGUCACAAACCCCUCGAUCAAGCAAAGCUAAGCAACGUAACCAAACAGAUCGGAUCCGCACGCCAGCCACUCUGCAACACUCUGCCUUUACUAACUAUUUAGUCUGUCUGUGAUCUGUAUCAUCCCACGUCCUGUGUUUCCGCUUCCGAGUUUGCGUGCACGCCAUUUUCGGGUACUUCCGGAUUCCGUUUUCUGGUUCAACUCUCUCUCACAUAAUUGUUCUUUUCGACGAAUUCAAUUUUGUCUUCUUCAUCGUGGAAUAUUUUUCUUUCUUCCUUCAGAACUUAUGUCCAUCAAAAGUGAAGUGCCAUUGACAACAUUUGAGCUAUAAUAGAAGGAGGCGGGCGGCCAGCUAGCCAACCAGUAGAGGUACCCACUGUGGAAGCGUUAUGGUCGGGGCGGAGUCUUCUGCACAUCGUUUUGAGGAGCGGGUACUGGAGACGGUGAAAUGUUGUCAAGAACGAAGAGACCCUCCCUUUAUCUGGGUUAUGGAGGUUUGCAAAUGCGUCCGAGAGGCCGGUUUAGGGUUGCCGUGUCCUGAACUUGGGCAGGUUUUGGUUUCCACUCUUUGCUUCAAUGGAAACAACAACAACAACAACAACCCCUUCCUAUGGAAAUUUAUUGGCCAGGCCCUCUCUUCCGGCCUCCUCUAUUCCUUCCAUGUCCUUGCUCUUCUCACCCCCAGGGUGAUUCGUCAUCGCCAGAUUCAUCCAGAGGCUUACAGACUCUAUCUUGAACUCCUAAAGCAAUACACAUUUUCAUUUGCUCCAGUGGUAAUGAAUUCUUCAAGAGAGAAGAUCAUAAAAUCUGUUGAUGAUGCACUGCAACUUUCACAGACUUUUGGGGUUUGUGUAUUGGAUCUCGGACAUGCAUUUGUCUUGUUUCUUUUUACCGUCAUCAUCAGUUUAAUUGAUUGUGUAUUGGAUGAUUGGGGUUUGCAACCAACAUCAAUUCACAAAUUCAGUUGCAUAUUUGGAGUUGAAGAACACCAGAAUAUGGAUAUAUGCUCUCACGGGAAUCAAAAUGAUGAAAGAAAUGAACAUCGUGAAAUACUACGCAGAAGGAAUGCUUUUAUGGCAAUGGAGGUCUUGGGAAUACUGACAGAAAAUAGAAAAGCAAUGGUUUUACUUCGCCUCAUCCACUUGAACAUGGCUGAGAAAUUCAAUGGGCUUCUUCAAAGAAUUCAGUUUCUUGAAGCUCACAAGUCAGUCUCCUCAAAUUUGAAAUCUGCUAGUGAACUUUUGGUAAGAUUGUCUGCAAACAUAGAGAGAGCUUUGGGUUUGGAAUAUCAGUUGAACAAGCGCCAGCUCAUUGGAGUGAUGAUUGGUAUUGGAUCAUGUAGCUGGGGGUCUUCCCGCAACUUUGGAGAUGUCCGGGCUGCAUGUUGGGUUCCUUUUGAUAUUUUUAUGGAGACUGCAAUGGAUAGGAAACAGCUUCCUGCCACAUCAGCUAUUGAUAUACUUACAGAAUUAACAAAGACACUCCAAGUGAUUAACCGGGCGAGCUGGCAAGAGACCUUCCUAGCACUUUGGGUUUCAGCCCUUCGGCUUGUGCAACGAGAACGUGAUCCUCUAGAAGGGCCCAUUCCUCAUCUUGAUGCACGCCUUUGUGUUCUUUUGUCCAUCACACCAUUGGCAAUUGUUCGUAUUGUGGAGGAUGAGGGAGAAAUUUCCUUACCUGCUGUCCAGGGAGGUAUGGCAUUUGGGAGUGUGGGAUCUGACUACAAGCAUGGAAUGGAUGGAACUGCUAACGCUUCUAGAAGACAUGGACUGGUUUCAUCUCUUCAGGCUCUUGGGCAGUUUUCUGGUCUCCUAUCUAUUCCUGCUCCAGUUGUUGUUGAAGCUAAUAAUGCUGCUGCAAAAGCAGCGAACUUCAUCUAUAAUUUCAAGAAUGGGAAUGACAGUUUUAAUGGUGGCAACCAUGGUGAUACUUAUGUGAAAGCAGGUGGGAACAUGCGGCAUCUCAUAGUGGAGGCUUGCAUUGCAAGAAAGUUGAUUGAUACAUCAGCAUACUUCUGGCCUGGUUAUGUGCUUCCAUCAGUAACCCCAUUGUCGGAUCCAUCACCAGCUCAAGGAUCUCCAUGGUCUGCCUUCAUGGACGGGGCUCCAUUGGCUGGUCCUCUAAAAAAUGCCCUAAUUUCAACUCCUGCUUCAAGCUUUGCGGAGAUCGAGAAAUUGUAUCACAUGGCAUUAAAUGGGCCAGAGGAGGAUAGGUCAGCGUCUGCAAAGAUUCUAUGUGGUGCAUCUCUCAUCCGUGGGUGGAAUAUCCAGGAGUAUGUGGUACACUUUGUGGUAAAACUUCUGUCUCCUCCUAUGCCGCCCAAUUUUACUGGACCUGGAAGUCAUUUAGUUGAUUUUAUGUCAAUGCUGAAUGCUGUCCUUUUUGGGUUGUCUUCUGCUGAUGCUGAGCAUAUUCUUUCUUUGCAUGGUUUGGUCCCAGAAGUUGCUGCAGCUUUAAUGCCACUUUGUGAGGCUUUUGGUUCACUUAUACCAACAUCCAGUCAUAAAUCAAGCAUGGGUGAUGAGAUAUCAGCUUACACUGUAUUUUCAUGUGCAUUUCUCUUUCUUCUUCGGUUAUGGAAAUUCUAUAGACCUCCUCAUGAGCACUGUAUCACGGAGCGAGGAGGAUCCACAGGAUCUGAGCUUACUCUGGAGUAUCUAUUAUUAUUACGAAACAGUCGCAUUGCGUCACAUAAUUCUGCUCCUGCGGACGAAACUAAUAAAGUUUCCCUCCUGCUUGAAUCAUUGUCGGCUUCACCUGUAUAUAUUGAAUCCUUUCCGAAAUUACGAGCAUGGUAUUGUCAAAACAAAGCUUGUAUAGCCUCAACUCUCUCUGGCCUUUGCAGUGGUAAUCCAGUUCACCAAGUUGCCAAUAAGAUCUUAAAUAUGAUCUAUUGGAAAAUGACCAGGGGUGGGACCUUGUCUGGUAACUCAACACCUUCAAGCAGCAGCAUUAGUGGGUCCCCUGUAAGUGCUGGAGAAGAUGCCUACCAGAGACCAAUGCUCCCUGCAUGGGAGGUUUUGGAAGCAACACCUUUUGUUCUUGAGGCAGUAUUAUCAGCCUGUGCCCAUGGUAGACUUUCAUCUCGGGACUUAACUACAGGCUUGAGGGACCUUGUGGACUUUCUACCAGCAUCGCUUGCAGCUAUUAUAAGUUACUUCUCUGCUGAAAUUACUCGUGGUAUCUGGAAGCCUGUUUCCAUGAACGGGGUGGAAUGGCCUAGUCCAGCAGCAAACCUUCUUUUGAUUGAAUCUGAGAUAAAGGAAAUCCUUGCUGCUGCAGGAGUUGAUGCUCCUAGCUGUUCGGCAGGUACAUUCUACUGUGCUUUUGUUUUAUCAUCUUUUAUCUGCUUCCGUAUGUUUGUUUCAUUUACUGAUCACUUAAUUCACAAGGUUGAAUUGAUAUGCUUCCAAAGAUCUCUAUUUUUUUGCUAAAUAUUCUAGGGUUCUUGAUGUAGGAGAGAUUUGGACAACAAUUUUUAAGGGCUGAAUUAAAAGGAGGGUGUGGUGGAAAAUAAUCAGGAAAAGAGGAUGAAUAGUUUCGUACUUUUCUCAGGGCAGAAAUUUGUUCUGCUAGUAGGCCAACUAAUAAGAA